AUGCCGGCUAUCAGUGGCAACACCAGAGCUACACUCAAUGUGGCACAUUCUCGCCCCCUCAUGUACCAACCUGCCGCUUGUCUUAUGACGCAUGGCACAGUAGGUCCUGUAAACGACGAUCAAUCUUCACAGCAAGGUGCUCCAUGGGCCUUGAUCGAAGACCAAGACUUUAUUUCGAAGGUUGACUUGAUUGCAUCUGCUGAAAUGCAUCAGACCAUAGAGGAAAGUAUCUUGCAGCGUAAGCCGCAGCCCUGUUUCUACCGAACCACCAUAUCUCUUGGCCAGCUGUUAGACUCGGAACAAUUCAUCCAGCUUAUCCGAAACCAAGAGAUAACAAUGUUUUGUGAGGCAAACUCGACGUCUGCAAGCAGCUAUGCUAUUAGGAAUGGAAUACUUACCAUUCAUAUGGACAAAGAGACGUUUCAAAGAGCUGGAAUUCCAGGCAAGCCACUAAUUGCCCGAGCUGGAAGCGACGGCCAACCCAAAUGGGCCCUCAAUAACAAUCUCUGGGAGAAUUCCCAGCCACAUCAGUACAGCAUCGCCUCCAAAGCUUUGCAUAAGAUCCUUGCCCUGCCUGAAAUGCUCCCUACCACUUCAUUGACAGCCGCUGAACAUGUGGGUCUCGAGGAGCGAGGCAUUGACCUAUACGAGUGGCUGUCACUGGUGAGGCUGGAGAGUGCGCGAGUUGAGCCGGACGACAAAAUAGAUCCUUACCUAUCAAGAUACUGUGUCACGGGUAAAACCUCUAAUCGUCUGGAUGUUUGUAAAAUCACGUGGCAAGGCUUUAUUGGAACCAGUUGGUUACGCGACCUAGCCCGUGAUGUACUGGCAGUAUGCCCCAGGCGGAGUUGGUUAUCCAUCAUCGCGACCAGCUCUUAUUGCGUCGAGAUGGGCGUCAAUGCCGAAUCAGUUUUGUUACGACCACCUGGACAGGAGGACCAGUAUCUGAUGUGGCAGAUUAAAAGAUGCAAAUGA